CUCUGCGUCUCGUCUCCAUCCCUACGCGGAGAGACCAAAGGAGCCCGGAUAAAGAUGCUCAGCGUCGCUGGCUCAGCCGGCUGAGAACGUCAUUAUCGCGGUGUAAGAGGCGCACAUUUAGCGUCGGCAGACAUGGAAAUGAGCAAGUCUUUCUCCGACACGGAGCGCGCACUCCGGAGCUACGGCGCCGUGUCGCAAACCGCGUGGACGACGGACAAAGGCCACAGCGAUGUGUCCAUGGCAGAGAGCACCAUCUCUCCAGAGGAGAUUGAGGUGGAGAUGGCUCGUAUCCAGCGUCUGAGGGAGGUCUUAGUGCGUCGGGAGUCGGAGCUGCGCUUCAUGAUGGAUGACAUCCAGCUGUGCAAAGACAUCAUGAGUUUGAAGCAGGAGCUGAGGCAGAUCGUUGCAGUGCCAGAGAAAGACAAAAGCAAGAAAGACAGGCAGCAGGAAGAGGAACUGAUCCUGAAGAUCCAUAAACUGGUACAGAAGAGGGAUUUCUUGGUAGACGACGCUGAGGUGGAGAGAUUAAGGGAGCAAGAGGAGGACAAGGAGAUGGCAGAGUUCCUCCGGCUGAAACUGAUGCCACUGGAGAAGAAGCUGAAAGCCAAACAAAAUCCUCCUAAACCGAGAAGACAAAUCUCGGAGCUGCCACCCAACAAACCCUUCAUCUCCAAAUCCGGCGUGGCCGUCAUUAAGGAUUGCUGUGGCGCCACCCAGUGUGCCAUCAUGUAACGGAUGGACGUCCUUCAAGGGCCACGCCCACAUCCCCACAAACUCACAUCAUCACUUCCUGUGUAUCAGAGAAUCCGUUCCGCUUCGUGUUCCACGGUUGCCUGUCCAUAAGUCACGUCUGCAAAGCAAUCAUUCCGGGGAAGCAUGGAUUCACACAUUAAAACCUUCACAAUAUUAGAAUUUUCAAUUAAAUUAGGUGUAAAUUCUAUAAUUCCACGUAUCCUUUCUCUUAAAAAGUGGCAAUAAGAUCCAGAAUCAUAAAUUGGAACAACAAGCACAAUGUCCAUGGAGUGAAUUUGAUGAAAUAUUGGGGGUUCUCUGAUGCACAGGGACUCCAAAUUAUUCAUUUCAGAUGAACAUGUGGUUAAAUAACGGACGUUGCUGGCAAAUAUGAAUGUUUGCUGCUUCAAGCAUUUGGGAAAACGGACUGCAGUCCAUUUGUGGCGGUGGGUUACAAGGGUGUAGACGUCUCAUUUGCAUAAUCGGCGAGACAAAAACAUGGCAAGCACAGCAGCAUCCGCUGCUUGUUAAGAGCGAUAUGUGCUUUCACGUAAAAGAGUCACCCAGUGUCCAAUGAGGCCAAAAGUAGUUGCUAAUCGAUUCUUGAAAAAUAGAAUCUUGAGGGGUCUGAUUACUCGCUUAAUAUUCUCUGGCAGACCAGCUGUGCAUGAGAUGUGUUAAGCAGACAUUUACUGGAUGGAGUUGCAAGGACAAGGUAUAUUUGCAGUCAGUUCCAUUAAAAUGUGUUCAUGAGCAAGUGCGAACAAGUACGCGGACUGUGUCAAAUGAGUGGGUGGGAAACACCAGGCUUACACAUGCCACUAAAAAAACAAUGCUGCUUUCAAGUGGGGCCACAAGCUAUUUACAUGCUAAUGAUGAUUAUUGAGCAUAUUAGAUGGAGGAGGGAUGCAACACAAGUAUGGGUUCUACUUCUCAGGUGAUGAACAGACUUCAAGAAACUCACUAAAGUUUAGAAAUAGGAAUAUUUUAAUUAUGGAAGAUUACAAAAUCAUGUACAAAGGUGUGAAAAAGUGUUUGCCCCCUUCCUGAUUUCUUUUUUUGUCACACUUAAAUGUUUUAGAUGAAAAAAAAUGACAACACAACUGAACAAAAUGCAGUUUUUAAAUUAAACUUUUUGAGGGAGGAAAAAAAUCGAAACCUACAUGACCCUGUGUGAAAAAGUUAAUUUCCUCCCUGUUAAAACAUAACAGAUUAAUUGAGAUCUAUCAGUGUGGAAAAGGUUAUAAAGCCAUUUCUAAAGCUUUAGGACUCCAGCAAACCACAGUGAGAGCCAUUAGCCACCAAUGGCAAAAACAUGGAACAGUGGUGAACCUUCCCAGGAGUGGUCAGCCAACCAAAAUGAUCAAGGGACGCAGCAACAACUCAUCCAAGAGGAUGAGACCCCACAACAACAUCCAAAGAAGUGCAGGCCUCACUUGCCUCAGUUAAGGUCAGUGUUCAUGACUCCACCAUAAGAAAGACACUGGGCAAAAAUGUCCUGCAUGGCAGAGUUCCAAGACCAAAACCACUGCUGAACAAAAAGAACAUUAAGGCCCGUCUCAAUUUUGCCAGAAAACAUCUUGAUGAUCCCAAAGACCUAUAAAAUACUCUGGUCUGACAAGACAAAAGUUGAACUUAUUGGAAGGUGUGUGUGCCAUUACAUCCGGCCGCAUUUCAGAAAAAGAACAUCAUAGCAACAGUGAAAUAUGGUGGUGGUAGUGUGAUGGUCUGAGGCUUCAGGACAUGGAAGACUUAGUGUGAUGAAUGGAAACAUGAAUUCUACUGAAGGAGAAUGUCCGGCCAUCUGUUGGUGACCUCAAGAUGAAACCAACCUGGGUUCUGCAGCAGGACAAUGAUCCAAAACACACCAGCAAGUCCACCUCUGAAUGGCUGAAGACUUUGGAGUGGCCUAGUCAAAGUCCUGACCUGAAUCCUAUUGAGAUGCUGUGGCAUGACCUUAAAAAGGCGCUUCAUGCAAGAAAACCCUCCAAUGUGGCUGAAUGACAACAAUUCUGCAAAAUUCCUCCUCAGCGCUGUAAGAGACUCAUUGCAAGUUAUCACAAACGCUUGAUUGCAGUUGUUGCUGCUAACGGGGGCCCAACCAGUUAUUAGGUUUAGGGGGCAAAUCACUUUUCCACACAGGGCCAUGUAGCUUUGGAUUGUUUUUCUCCCUUAAUAAUAGAAAGUUUCAUUUAAAAACUGCAUUUUGUGUUCAGUGGUGUUGGCAUGACUAAUAUUUACAUUUGUUUGAUGAUGUGAAAUUUUUAAGUGUGACAAAAAAAACAAAAUCAGGAAGGGGCAAACACUUCUUCACACCACUGUAUCUUACCAACAGUAUACACACACACGACAUGUACUCCUGGUAAACUGCCAGCCACGUUUAAAAAUAAGUGUACAUGUGCUGAUAUUAACAUCAUCCUUAAAAUCUGUUGAUUUAUUUAUUUUUAAAUGGGAUCAUAUUAUGUCAUGGCUAACAGCUGUAGCAUUGUUUGUGUUGAUUUUGUUACCUAAAACCGUUUUAUUCAUGCUCGGAUGUGCAAACAAAGCUCAAGCAUACUUUGGCUUUGCUUGUUCAUACGGUUUAUCGAUUGUGGUAAGCGGCAAGUCCAUCCCCCACUAAAUUUUGGUGUGUUUUUAGGGCGAAUAUAAAAAAUAAAUAAAUAAAUAAAUAAAUAAUGCAAUCUUCUAGUUAAUGUUAACAUUUCCAUGUAUGUUUGAGCGUCUCAUGAACAUCAUCUCACCUACCUUCUGUAGUGCUAGUCCAUUCAUGAAACGUUGAAAAUGUAACAAAUAUGCAUAAAAUAAGCUGAAACUACCUGUACAUAUAUGUUUCAAUAAAGAGCAUCUUUCAGAAAGCAGCCAGUGGAUCUAAUCAUUUAGUAUCAAAGCAGGAAAUGAGGGAAAAGGUGAUGCUUAGUGAGGUUUAUUAACAAACGUGUUUGGUCCCUUCAACAAAUAGUAACAACUUGUGGUACAGCUUAAUAAUGGAUUCAUGAGCGGUGGUUGGGUGUCACAUGAAAACUGAUUACAAGGCAACAGUUAAAAAAAU